AUGAUGGAUUUAGUAAUGAUGACGGUUUUUGCGUGUUUAUUUUGUUUUUUUUUUUUUAAAGGGGGGGUUUUCAUUUGCAUCAGUAAUCGCCAACCCGCUUUUUUUUUUUUUACAGCACUUAGCGACGUCAGCUGCAGUGGUCACGUUGAAAGCCGGAGUGCACAUAAUUUAGUGAUCUCGGUCGCUAUCUUUUUUUUUUUUACUUUUUUGGCUGUUGUCUUUCGUUGUCCGUUUUUUUUCUUUUUUGUCGUGGCUCUUGUGCGCUAUAUUUGUGUUUGUGCCGAUGUGCAUGUUCUCGUGCGCCAUCGUCUGUUGAAUCGCGUUUCUAAGCAAAGAAAUUUGAACAUUUUCUCUUUUUAUUAUUAUUAUUAUUUUUCCCUUUUAGGGAGAGAAAUAAUAAUAUAUAAUAAUAAUUAA